AUGUCUAAUAAUCAAAUUUGCACUCGUUCAGGUUGUGGAAACUCAUGUUACGUUGGUCCCAAUAAUUAUAUUCAUCCUUUCUGUGGCAGAACUUGCGCGAUUGUAGAUUCUCUUCUCAAAUCGCAAGUGAACACGUGUGCUAAUCCAGGCUGCACUAGACCCUGUUACGUUGAAUUGAAUGGCACUCAAUAUUCAUUUUGCGGAAAAACAUGCGCUCGCAUCGCCGCGAGUAUCUCACCAGCUCUACCGAAGUGUGCCAAUUGCAAUAAAACGGUAUACGUCGAUUUUCGAGGCCAAAAAUAUCCCUUUUGUGGUGUAACAUGCGCAAGUCUCCACAACAAUUCAGGACCAAACUGUAUUCGAUUUGGAUGCAAUCGAAAAGCCUAUCUUGAUCCAGCGGAUAGAACAAAAUCGCAUUCUUUUUGUUCAAAAGAAUGUUUCUGGAUGGAUGGUUCCACGUUAAAUCAAACCAAAAUGACCAUUCUCUAUCCGAAUCAAAUCGAUUAUGAGAAAGCAUAUAAAAGAUUCAAUCAAAAUCUGCCAAAUUCGACAAUUAAAGCAAUCUUUAGAUUACAAAUGCCAAAACUCAUGGUUGAUAAGCAUCUUGCUUUGAAAAAUGAAAUGGCAAGAACUGCUGGUUCAGCUGAUAGGAUCACACAUCGUAUGUUUCAUGGGACAAAGACAUCUUGCGAUCCCUUGAGACUAAUUACAUCCUUGACACCAUCUUGUACCAGCAAUUGUGGAGUAUGUGGAAUCUUGCGUGAAGGAAAUAGGGGUGCCCAUUCCAGACAAGGAGGGGGAAGAAUGUGGUUCGCAAAGAACUCAUCGGUGUCAUUAGGAUAUUGUGAUGGUAAACCGGUGAAAACAAUGUUCAUGGUGGACGUUCUUUCGCAAACGACAGGGGAUAUUUUGAUAGUUAGUAAGGACGAGGAGACUCUACCAAGAUUCCUUUUACUUUUCCAAUAA